CAAAAGUAUCAUCCAGACAAAAGUAUCAAUCAGACAAAAGUAUCAUUCAGACAAAAGUAUCAUUCAGACAAAAGAAUGAUUCAGACAAAAGAAUCAUCCAGACAAAAGUAUCAAUCAGACAAAAGUAUCAUCCAGACAAAAGUAUCAAUCAGACAAAAGUAUCAUCCAGACAAAAGUAUCAAUCAGACAAAAGUAUCAUCCAGUCAAAAGUAUCAUCCAGACAAAAGAAUCAUCCAGACAAAAGAAUCAUCCAGACAAAAGUAUCAAUCAGACAAAAGAAUCAUCCAGACAAAAGUAUCAAUCAGACAAAAGUAUCAUCCAGACAAAAGUAUCAUCCAGACAAAAGAAUCAUCCAGACAAAAGAAUCAUCCAGACAAAAGUAUCAAUCAGACAAAAGUAUCAUUCAGACAAAAGAAUCAUUCAGACAAAAGUAUCAAUCAGACAAAAGAAUCAUUCAGACAAAAGAAUCAUUCAGACAAAAGUAUCAUCCAGACAAAAGUAUCAAUCAGACAAAAGUAUCAAUCAGACAAAAGUAUCAAUCAGACAAAAGUAUCAAUCAGACAAAAGAAUCAUUCAGACAAAAGUAUCAUUCAGACAAAAGUAUCAUCCCGAAAUAAUAUCAUCCAAAAAGAAAUAUCCAGAAAAAAAGUAUCAUUCAAACAUUAUAAUCCCGGGAAUUCAAAUACAAACUGAGAUCUGUGAAAUACAUUAUGAUUAUUAAUCCUAACGAGGUAACUAUCUUUAUUAGCGCUGAGAGAAUCAGCAGGAACAGUGGCGUCUCUGUCUGGAUGAUAAUAACUGAAUAAAGACGCUUUAGUUUAUAUCUUAAGUGAAUAUAAAUAAUAAGCCGCGCGGACCGCUGAGCUCCGCCCACUUUCACAGCCGCCGAGUUGAUUGACAUUUCACUGUGAUCUGUUCUGUUCUGUGGUUCUGAUCUGAAAAUGACGUCAUGAUCCCGAGCGGAGAAAGAGGCGGAGCUCUCUCUCUCUCUCUCUCUCUCUCUCUCUCUCUCUCUCUCACACACACACACACACACACUCCUCCGGUCGCACGCAGAUGGUCUCGCCGGUGUGCGGCUGUAGUUCGGUCGGAUUUCUCGGUUCCGAUGGUGUUAGCGGCGGGAUGUGAGCUCGGCUUCGGUUCCGUUAUGUUUGAUGCCAGUGUUUGGCGGAUCCGGAGCAUCCGGGACUCUGUGAGACUCGAGAUCAGCGACGAACCGAGUCCUGCGGUGCUGAACCGAUUCACACACCUGGAUCCGGACACUCCUCACCUGGAGAAUGCGAGUCAGGAGAUCGGUGAGGAGGUGGAGGACGGCGCUGUGUUCAGCAUCACUCUGAGGAAGGUCCAGAUGUACCAGUCGUCCAGUAAGAGUCAGCGCUGGAUGGGUGUGGACUCGGACUCGGGUCUCAGUCUGUACGAGACGUGUAAGCUGCGCACCAUCAAAGCAGGAACUCUGGAGCGUCUGGUGGAGUACAUGGUCACCGCCUUCAGAGGAAACGACUCCACCUACGUCACCAUCUUCCUCUGCACCUACAGGACCUUCGCCACCACCAAACAAGUGCUGGACCUGCUGCUCAACAGAUACGCUAAACUGCAGCCGGGCGCAGAAGCACGCAGGAUGACGCCUGAUGAGCGAACGGAGCUCAGGAACACCGUCUCCUCGAUCCUCGGCGCCUGGUUGGAUCAGUACUCUGAGGACUUCUGGAAGCCUCCGGACUACAGCUGUCUGAGACGCCUGAUCCACUACCUGCAGCUCAGCUUCCCCGGGUCGGAUCUGGAGCGCCGCGCCUGUAACCUGCUGAGCCAGUUCCACCGCAGACUCCAGCAGGAAUCAGACCGAGACGUGCUGGAUCAGUGCUGUGCCUUCGCUCUGCUGCAGGAGAACGGAUUCCACGAGGAACGACCCGACUUCCUGAACUUUGACCCCACUGUGGUGGCAGAGCAGUUCACACUGAUGGAUGCAGAGCUGUUCAAGCGGGUCGUGCCGUAUCACUGUCUGGGAAGCAUCUGGUCUCAGAGAGAUAAGAAAGGGAAGGAACAUCUGGCGCCGACCAUCAGAGCCACGGUCAGCCAGUUCAACCGCGUCACCAACUGUGUGAUCUCCACCUGCCUGAGUGACCGGACGCUCAAACCUGCCCACAGAGCCCGCAUCCUGGAGCACUGGAUCCAAGUAGCCAGAGAGUGUCGGAUCUUGAAGAACUUCUCGUCUCUGCGUGCGAUUCUGUCGGCGCUGCAGUGUAACCCGGUUCACCGGCUCAAGAAAACAUGGGACGAAGUGUCACGAGAAAACAUUCGCAUCUUCCAGGAGCUGUCAGAGAUAUUCUCUGAUGAGAACAACCACUCGCUGAGCCGAGAACUGCUGAUAAAGGAGGGAACGUCCAAAUUUGCGACUCUGGAGAUCAACCCCAAGCGAGCGCAGAAGCGACAACAGCCUCAGAGAGAUCUGACUGUGAUGCAGGGGACGAUCCCUUACCUGGGAACCUUCCUGACGGAUCUGGUCAUGAUGGACACUGCUAUGAAGGACUAUCUGGACGGAGGUCUGAUCAACUUCGAGAAGAGAAGGAAGGAGUUCGAGGUCAUCGCUCAGAUUAAACUGUUACAGCUGGCGUGUAACAAUUACAAUUUCAAGCGUGUGGCGGGGUUCAGCGUGUGGCUCUCCGGCGUGGAGAAGCUCUCGGAGGCUGAGAGCUACAGUCAGUCGUGUGAGAUCGAGCCGCUCUCUGAAUCCGCCUCCAACACACUGAGAGCCAAGAAGAGCUCAGGAAUCAUGAAGAGAUGGAGCGAUCGGCAGCCCGUGGGUUCAGGAGAAGCCGGAUGCAGUGGAUCUGGAAGCUCUCACUCCAAGUCCUUCGAUCAGCUGCGUUACCCGCCGGGUCUGAGCGGGUCACUGGGCGACGGCGGCGACUCUCUCAGCGUGACGUCUGCAGGCUCCAGCAGCUCUGAUGUAGAGGAGGUCAACAUCAGCUUCAUCUCUGAUUCACCCGACGCUCUGGAGAGGAAGACCUCCACGCCCUUCGUAAAACAUUCCAAUUCUACCUUAGGGAAGUGCGGCCCUACGGCAGACCUGAUUCCCACGUUCUGGGAGUCCACGUCUCUGUCGUCUCUGGACGCGUCGGGUCUCGGCUCAGGUUCUGGCUCCAGCAGUGCCUCCUCGUCUUCGGUGUCGUCCACACCGGUCACAGGGUCUCGCUCACACAAGCGCUCCGUCUCCGGCGUGUCCAGCUACUCGUCUCUCUCUCUGCCACUUUACAACCAGCAGGUGGACGACUGCUGCAUCAUCAGAGUCAGUCUGGACGUGGACAACGGGAACAUGUACAAGAGCAUACUGGUCACGAGUCAGGAUAAGACUCCAGCAGUCGUGAGGAAAGCCAUGGUCAAACACAACCUGGACCGCGAGCGAGCCGAGGAUUAUGAGCUGGUUCAGAAGAUCAGUGAGGAAAAGGAGCUGAAGAUCCCCGACAAUGCCAAUGUUUUUUACGCCAUGAACUCCACGGCCAACUAUGACUUUGUCUUGAAGAAGAGAGGUUUCCCGAGAGCAGGCCGAACCAAACAUGUGUCCAGCUCCACGCUGCCCCGAAUGAAGCAGAAAGGUCUGAAGAUCGCCAAGGGAAUCUUCUGAAUCCCAAACUCUUGUGCAGGAGCUGGGUUUGUCUCUCAUGAACUGCUCGUCACCGUCUGGACGGCCAAACUCUCUCCCUGAGAGAACAUCUGUGUGUUUACAACCAUUCCCUGGAUCUCCCAGACCCGCUUCGUCUGUGAUGUCAGCUGUAGACGUGUGUGGUGUGGGAUCUGGAGCACUAUGAACUACGGUCUGAUGGAGUGGUCACCUGACUGAUCACAUGACAGGAAGAGACUGCACACGUUCAUCAGAAUGUUUUUCCUCUUUACUAACACAGUGGUGCUCAAGCCGAUGAAACAUCUCUCUUCUUCUGUUUCAUCCUUUCAUUUCAUUGCCACUACAAAUGAUAAUUCUGGAGGAGAUGAUGUUCAUGUGUGGAUCUGAGCAGUGAAUGUGGAGCAAGACGAGCACUGAAUCCCGGUAGUUUCGAACACAAGUCUUCUUCUAGUCUAACAGCGCAGACGCUCAGUGACACUCGACUCAGAGAUCACACGUGCUCCGGUGUCUUCAGUUUCUGCAGUGCAUCCAUACUCCUUCACGUGAAGUUACACUUCAGCGACCCACAUCACAUUAUCACAUUGAUUCAUUUCCAGUCGCUGCACACCGAUGCGUGAAACCCCCUUCUGAAACACGACCAUAGCGUUUGAAAUUAGAAUGAAAUGCCAGAAAGUUUCCAGAUGUUCAUCUGUCCGGAGACAUGAUGAAGAUCGGAGGAAGAGAGAAACAAGAUGAAAAAGAGAAAUGAAGAUGAAUUGUAAUGAGUUUUUGUUUUACCUGUAGUUCAGAGGUCGUUCAUGACUGAAUGCACACGCUUCACUAAGCUGACCUGCCAUAGAUCCUUUAUAUGUGAGUGUGUGUGUGUGUGUGUGUGUGCGUGUGUGUGUGUGUGUGUGUGUGAGUGAGUGUGUGUGAGUGAGUGUGUGUGUGUGUGUGAAUGUGUGUGUGCGUGCAUGUGCUUGCUAUGUUUUAAUGUUUGGUAUGUGUGUUCAUGUCUUGUGUUUAUGAUAACUAAACCCAAAGGGCCAAAGAUCUCUGUCUCAGUCGGUGAGGUCAGCGCUGUCUGGUCAGGAACACUGACCGUCUCCAGGAUCUCUCAGAUCAGAUCUGGACACAGAUAUCUGCCAUUCGUCUUUUUCACUGUCAAAAAAAGAUUUAAGAAAAAAAAAAAGAUUUAAGAAAAAAAAAAAGAUUUUAUUGUAACUCGCCUGCUCGGGUUUUGUAUCUUCUUUUAUGUAAUUUUUGUACAAAAUGAAUAGUUCUUUGUACUUUUGCCUUUCAUUUGGUUUGAGUGUGUGUGUGUGUGUGUGUGUGUAUUUAUUGAUUUGUAAAUACUUUUUGUAGCAUUGUACAUUUAGUUUCUUCUCCCAUGUAAUUAUGAACUAAUAUGUAAAUAUGAAUAUAUCAAUCCGAAGUUUAUACCACUACAGAUAAGGGAUUGUGUUUCUUUCAGCUCUGUUGACUUUGGGUUUUCUGUUCGUCACGUAUUUUUCAAUGGUUUAAAUUUACUAUUAUUAUUUUCCUUAUGAUGCACUGUUUCUAAUAUUGGUGAAAGCGACUAAUAAACACGUGCAGUGCGA